UUGUUCUACGCCUUUCUGUCAUGAUUUCAAGUUUUUGAAAGAUCCUUCAACAUGCAUCAACCAUUUGUUGAUCAUUUGCUUUGAUGUGUUGCUGCUGAUCAUGCUGUCAUUUGUUAUGAUUCGGAAGUCUUCGUUGAGAUUGUUUCGGGUGGCAAGUUAUUCAAGCUUGCAGCUAGUUUCAGCUAUAAUCAGUGGCAUUGUUGGGUUAUUGCAUUUGUGCUUAGGUAUUUGGGUUUUAGAGGAGAAGUUAAGGAAAACCCACAAUGCUUUUCCACUUAGUUGGUGGUUGCUUGAAUUUUUUCAGGGAUUCACAUGGUUAUUAGUAGGUUUGAAUGUAAGUCUUCGGCUGAAACAACUUCCAAGAGCAUGGCUGUGGCUGUUUAGUGUUCUUAUAUUCUUUGUUUCUGGUUUUCUCUGUGCUUUAUCCAUAUUUUACACAAUUAGUAGCAGAGAACUGUCCCUCAAGGCAGCUUUAGAUGUUCUAUCUCUUCCUGGAGCAAUUUUUCUACUCUUAUGCACAUACAAUGCGAGUAAAUAUGAAGACAAUGAUAAAGACAUUGGUGAAAGUCUUUAUGCCCCUUUAAGUGGCCAAUUGAAUGAAGUUGAUCCUAGUAGCUAUGUAACCCCAUUUGCCAAAGCUGGAUUGUUUAGUAGGAUUUCAUUUUGGUGGUUGAGUCCAUUGAUGAAAAGGGGUCAAGAGAAAACACUUCAGGAUGAGGAUGUCCCAAAGGUGCAGCACUCACAUGGAGCAGAAAGUUGCUAUUUUUCAUUUGUAGAUCAAUUGAACAGGCAGAAACAAAAGGAACCGUUGUCACAGCCAUCAGUUCUAUGGGCAAUAAUUUUGUGCCAUUGGAGAGAGAUUUUGAUAUCAGGACUUUUUGCAUUGCUCAAGGUACUCACUCUGUCUUCUGGUCCUUUACUACUGAAUGCCUUUGUAUUGGUCUCUGAGGGUAAUGGAAGUUUCAAAUAUGAAGGAUAUGUAUUGGCUAUCUCACUUUUAUUUACCAAGAUCAUAGAAUCCAUAUCACAAAGGCAGUGGUACUUUCGUUGCAGAAUUAUUGGUAUGAAAGUUAGGUCACAACUUACUGCAGCCAUUUAUAAAAAGCAACUGAGAUUAUCCACUGCUUCUAGAUUGAUUCACUCUGGUGGUGAGAUAAUGAAUUAUGUGACUGUAGAUGCUUAUAGGAUUGGAGAAUUUCCAUUUUGGUUUCACCAGACGUGGACAACAGUUGUCCAACUAUGUAUUGCAUUGGUAAUUCUUUUUCGUGCAGUUGGGCUAGCAACAUUUGCCUCAUUGAUUGUGAUUGUUCUCACAGUGCUUUGCAAUACUCCACUAGCAAAGUUACAGCAUAAGUUUUUGACCAAGCUUUUGGUGGCACAGGAUGAAAGAUUGAAAGCUAGUUCUGAGGCUCUAGUGAAUAUGAAAGUGUUGAAGUUAUAUGCAUGGGAAAUCCAUUUUAAGAAUGCUAUAGAAAGAUUAAGAAAUGUGGAACUCAAAUGGUUAUAUUCAGUGCUAUUACAAAAAGCAUACAACAUCAUUCUCUUUUGUAACCUUUUUACUUUUGUGGCAACUUUACGCCUUGUGCAAGAUCCGAUUUCAAUCAUCCCGGACGUAAUUGGGGUGAUCAUUCAAGCAAAAGUUGCAUUUGCACGGAUUGUAAAGUUCCUUGAUGCACCGGAACUGCAGAGUGCUAAUGUCAAGAAAAGUUGCUUUAAUGAGAAGCUUAAGGGUUCAAUUUUUAUCAAAUCUGCAGACUUUUCAUGGGAAUAUAAUGUAUUGAAACCAACACUGAGAAACAUAAAUUUAGAGGUUAAACCUGGGCAAAAGAUUGCUAUUUGUGGAGAAGUUGGCUCAGGAAAAUCAACUCUCUUGGCAGCAAUUCUUGGAGAAGUUCCUAAUACAAAAGGAAAUAUUACAGUUUAUGGGAAGUUUGCUUAUGUUUCUCAAACGGCAUGGAUACCAACAGGAACAAUACAGGAAAAUAUUCUGUUUGGAUCGUCUUUGGAUGUUCAAAGGUAUGAAGAGACACUUCAUAGGUCUUCACUAGUGAAGGACCUUGAGUUGUUUCCCCAGGGUGAUCUCACUGAAAUAGGUGAGAGAGGAGUUAACCUGAGUGGAGGUCAGAAGCAGCGAAUUCAACUUGCCCGUGCUCUUUAUCAGGAUGCUGAUAUAUAUAUCUUGGAUGAUCCAUUUAGUGCUGUUGAUGCACAUACAGCCACCAAUUUGUUUAAUGAAUACAUAUUAGAAGGUCUUGCAGGGAAGACAGUGUUACUAGUGACUCAUCAAGUUGACUUUCUCCCAGCAUUUGAUUCUGUUUUAUUGAUGUCAGAUGGGAAAAUCCUACAAGAUGCUCCUUAUCAUCAAUUACUGACCUUAAGCCAAGAAUUUCGGGACCUUGUCAAUGCUCACAAAGAGACUGCUGGUUCUAGUCAGCUUGCAGAUGUUACUUCUCCCCAAAUAUCUUCAAAUUCUGGUAGAGAGAUCAGACAAUCUCUUAUAGAGAAGGAAUUUAAAGCAUUAAAUGGUGAUAAAUUAAUUAAGCAAGAAGAGAGAGAAACAGGAGACACAGGGUUGAAGCCUUAUUUACAGUAUCUGAAUCACAACAGAGGUUAUAUAUACUUCUGUGUGGCUUCUCUUUCUCACCUUUUGUUUGUGAUAUGUCAAAUAUUGCAAAACUCAUGGAUGGCUGCUAAUGUUGAAAAUCCCCAAGUCUCAUUAGAUUUGAGCAUUGUGGACCUUGAUAUACCCUUUGGCCUCACUUAUGCUGUGGGAGCUACUAUAAGUUGCUAUGCUGAUCUUACAGUUUUAUCAGUCGUCACUUGGCAAGUCUUGUUUAUCUCUAUACCAAUGGUGUAUGUUGUAAUCCGCUUGCAGAGACACUACUUUGCUGCUGCAAAAGAAUUUAUGCGGAUGAAUGGCACAACAAAAUCCUUAGUAGCUAAUCAUGUAGCUGAAACUGUUGCUGGAGCAAUGACAAUAAGGGCUUUUGAGGAGCAAGAUCGGUUUUUUGAGAAGAAUCUCAAUCUAAUUGACACCAAUGCAAGUCCUUUCUUCCAUAGUUUUGCCUCAAACGAGUGGUUGAUCCUACGGUUAGAAACAGUCUGUGCAAUUAUUCUUGCCUCCACAGCACUUUGCAUGGUUGUGCUUCCACCUGGGACAUUAACCUCUGGAUUUAUUGGCAUGGCCCUUUCUUAUGGCCUUUCACUAAAUGCUUCCUUAGUAUAUUCAAUUCAAAGUCAAUGCAUUCUAUCAAAUCAAAUAAUAUCCGUAGAGAGGCUAAAUCAGUAUAUGCAUAUACCAAGUGAAGCCCAAGAGGUGAUAGAAGGAAAUCGUCCUUCAGAUAAUUGGCCAGUUGCAGGCAAAGUAGAAUUACAAGAUUUGAAGAUUAGAUACAGGCCUGAAGGGCCACUUGUACUGCAUGGUAUCACUUGCACAUUUGAAGGAGGGCACAAGAUUGGUAUAGUUGGUAGGACAGGCAGUGGAAAGUCCACUCUUAUAGGUGCUUUAUUUCGUCUUGUGGAGCCUGCAGGAGGAAAAAUUGUAGUUGAUGGCAUAGACAUAUCUUCUAUUGGCCUUCAUGAUUUAAGAUCACGUUUCGGUAUUAUACCUCAGGACCCUACCCUUUUCAAUGGGACAGUUAGAUAUAAUUUGGAUCCUUUAUCUCAACAUUCUGAUCAAGAGAUAUGGGAGGUUCUCGGCAAGUGUCAGUUGCGAGAAGCAGUCCAGGAUAAAGAAGGUGGCUUAGACUCCUCAGUUGUUGAAGAUGGAUCAAACUGGAGCAUUGGACAAAGGCAAUUAUUCUGUUUGGGCCGCGCCCUUUUGAGGAGAAGUAGGAUACUGGUGCUGGAUGAGGCAACUGCAUCAAUUGAUAAUGCAACUGAUUUGAUUCUGCAGAAAACAAUUAGGACUGAGUUUGCAAAUUGUACAGUAAUCACUGUAGCCCAUAGGAUACCCACCGUGAUGGACUGCACUAUGGUUCUUGCCAUCAGUGAUGGAAAAUUGGCGGAGUAUGAUGAGCCAAUGAACCUGAUGAAGAAUGAAAAAUCAUUGUUUGGGCAGCUUGUAAAGGAAUAUUGGUCUCAUUUUCAGUCUGCUGAAUCACAUUGAAGCUAAGAAU